AUGCCAGCUCUCCCUCGAGUGUCAAAGUACACGGGGAACAACCCGGCCGCGUUCCACGUCGCGACGUCGACCACCCCUCGCUCCUCCGAGUCGGACGCGUCCCUCCUCGACUCGUUCUCGUCCUCGGUCGCCGCACGGUUCGCCUCGCACACCUACCACCUCCCCAGCAGCAGCACCGACCCAUCUGCCCCCUCCCUCGCCUCGUCCUCGACCGCCGCAACCCUGUCAGCCACCCUCUCGCAGCUCGACCUCAUCGAGCGCCUCUCGUCCGGCCCCACGCCGCUCGACGUCCUGCGCCGCUCGGCCACCGAGCUCGACUCAGCGUCGUACGCCGACCUGCUCGCCGAGCGGCACGCGGCAGGCCUGUGUCCCUACGCGGCGUGCGGCAACGCCGCGAGCGAGCCGUACGACGACGGCGCGGCGGGCGCGGGCGCGGGCGCGGGAGCAGGGGCGGCGGCACGCGUACGCCUGCGCGGUGGGUCGCUCGUGAGAAGGGGAGGUGCGGGCGACGAGGCGGACCGGGGCGCGUACUGCAGCCGGCGGUGCAGGGCGCGGAGCGAGCACCUUGCGGGCGAGGUGGCGCGGCGACGGCCUGGCGCGCUCGAUGCGCCGCCUGGUCCGGCGACGUCGGCGGGAGCGGGCGCGGUCGAGCUGCUCGAGGACGUCGAGCGGCGGCGAGAGGACGUGAGGAGGAGCACGGCGGCGCUACUGCAGGGUGCGCGUGCGGCCGGCGCAGACCUCGCGAUGCCCAUACCCUCGCCGUCGGCGGCUCGGGCAACGGGCGACGCCGUGCCUGCCUCAGCGCCGGCGGUGACGGGCGCAGCAGACGGCGAGGCUCGAGGCGCGCACGGCCUCCCCGCUCCGCGGUUCGUCUCGGCACCCGUCAUGCUCGACGCGACGAGCGGCGCGGCGCUCGAGUGGGCGGGCGUUGGGAACGACGGCAUGGACGAGGGCAUGACGGAUGAGGAGAGGGGCUGGAUGCGCGAGGCGCUGGCGGUGAGGGACGAGGCGAGGCAGAGGGGCGAGGUCGAGUGACGUGCGGCGUAUGACGGGCGGUGCGAGCGUGCGAGAGAGGUAGACGACGAGGCGGUCGCGGCUGGAACGCGACGAGCUCUCCUCCUUCUC